AUGUAUUACUUCGCGGUUGUUAUGGUAGCAUUUGUUGCAUGUACAACAAAUGGACAAUCUGUCAAUUCAACUACAAAAUAUCAACCCGUGACUACAGGAAAUGGAACAAACAACAGUACGACGCAAAUGCCACAGGAACUGGUUCAACUAAUCCUGGAAAACCAUAACGCACCGCGGCUAAGGGAGAAGCAGGCGGCUUUGGCCAACUUGACCUGGAACUCAGUGUUGGCUGCCAAGGCGCAGGCCUGGACGGAAUCUUGCAACUUUAGUCACCAGCCGUCAGUUGUCAGAGUCUGGGCAGCUGGAGCAAAUGAUACAACAGUGGGCAGAGGAAAGAAGUACAACCACGGAGGAACAUUCGAGGAAUGUUGCAGCUUCCAGUCCAGCAUGUGCUGUCAUUACACGCAGAUCGUCUGGUCUAAGACAACCACUGUGGGGUGUGGCUACAACGUCUGUGCUAACCUAACACACGGCACGGGAACUCUGCGAAAUGUUGCCUACUUGGCCUGCUACUACUAUCCUCCAGGGAACACGCCACAGGUGAAAUACGAUUGGCGGCCAUUUCAAACUUUGGCAAACACAACCUCCAAAUAUGAAACAGCAACAACCAAGAUUACCAAAGGAUAG